AUGGGCGGAGAGCUUCCUCAAGAGGAAGAGGUUGACCUCGCCAGCAGCAGUGCUGUGCUGCCAAAGCCCGGGGAUGACCGGCUAAGAUCACCCAGUGUGGCCAGGACUCAGCCUUUGCCUGUGGGGCCCUCCAGCUCGCCUCACGAUGGAGCAUCCUCAGUGCAUACCUGGGACACAGAAGCCAAGGCCCACACCGGCCUUCACCCACCGAGCCAAGCAGCUGGACUGUCAGACUCAGGGAUGGGCAUAAACGCAGAGGAUCCAGUGAGAAGUCUGCUUCCUGGAAGAGGGUGCUCCCCGGACCAUGCUGGCACCCUGACCUUGGAUGUCCAGCCUCCAGACCUGCAGUGGCGAGCCGCUGGGCGUCUGAGGAGGAAAGAGAGGGCUGCGGUCAGAGCAGCACCUGAGGAAGAUGGAUUGGGCGGCCCAGUUUCAGAAGAAUCGAGGAUAAAAGAAUCCAGCAGGCUGAGAGCGUUCUCGUUUUGGCAAACUCCCACCAUAACUUGGCAUUCUCAGGCCUCUACAUUUUUGCCAACACAUGGGUGUGAACCAACAUUUCAUUGUAAUAUUAACUUGCAUUUCCCUGAGGGCCAGCCCAUGGCAGAAAGGCUUGUGCCAGCCCGGACACACACACACAGUCUUUGGGUCUCCUGCCCAGGAAUGUUGGUUCCUGAGACAGAGAAUCUUUGUGGAAAAGGAAGAAGAAGAACCCUGAUGUCUCCUGUGGGCUCCAGGCUGAGGAAGGAGGAUGCCUGGCACUGAGGGGAGGCGGGGCCUGGACUGGAGCCUCCAAGGCGCGGUGAGAGGCUUUCUAGAUUUCUGAGGCUUCUGGGGCGAGGGGGCUGGGCCCCUUCGAAGGGGGGAGAGAGCAGAAAGAGGGCCUCUCCCCUCUGCACUGACCUGAGAGGAGCCUACAGGCUCUGCCCCCUGCCUUCUUUCUAGAACGUGGGAGGUCCUUGAGGGUACCCCAAAAAGGUGAGGCUACUGCAUAGAUAUGGAACAGAUAACAGUGGAAGUAGAGAGAGAUUGUCUUCUCAUUCUUUUUCAAUACUUCUAAUUGCAUCUGGGGAAAAGUCUCCCUUUGGUCUAACCCCGUGGAAUGCUUGCCAAUCCCCCCUUUUAACUUGGAGAGACUGGGCCCGAGGCGCUGGAGACCUGGGAGCUAGGGCAUCUGACUACUCGUAGGGGUGCUUUGUUUGUGUUGUAUUUACUUCUUGGGGGCUGCCUUCUAUUCUGAGGAGUGAAGGCAGUUUGCUAUUAGUGACGCUAAUAGAAAGUUUCCUUUUAAUACUUGUAUUUGAGCACAGAAAGCCACUGUAGGAGCGUUAGGUCAUACAUCUGGAUAAAGAGAGAUAGAAAAGGAGGGUCAGCAGGAUGUUGAUGGCGGUCAGCUCCCGGUGAAUUUUGUCUUCCUUAUCCUUUUUUUUUUUUUUUUGUAUUGUUUGCAUUUUUCACAAUGAGCAUACAUGAUUUAAAAUAUCAGAAAAUAACUACUUUUGUUAUGGAGAAAGGUAUAUACGUUUAAAGGAAGGAACCUACUAACGACAUAAUAAUGCCAGGAAUAUAUGGCUUCAGCAACAUGGUUGACUUGGCCUGGGUGACUGUGUGUUGGGAGACUAUGAGGACUGGCCCAGGCAGAGCAAGGACAGCCUACCUGUCACAGGAAAUUGGGGCACCUACUGCUGGGGGAAGGGCCUUUUCUUUCCAGCCCUGUCCAGAGGAUUUCAUUUCAGAGUCUCCCCUACAACCUUUGAACCAGGUGAAAGCCCUGAUCGGCUGGAGAGGUGGGCUUGCAUUGCUGUGGUGUGUGUGUUAGACCUUGGCGUU